GUUUUGUUGUUGUUUUCCAUUAGAUUUAGGACUUUUACUAAUUAUUAUAAAUGUAUUUACCCUUACAUAAUGCGCAUGGACGGAAAUACUUCAUUAGGAUACCAGUUUCAAAAUUGUGCCUGUUUACAGUGUCUCUGCCGCUGUUUGCAUUCAUAACAUGUGUUCUAAUGACUAUGUAUAAAGAUUUUGAAAGUGCCAACAAAACCCACUGUAAUGUGCCUAAUAUCUUUCCAUCUAUAUCUGCGUCAAUUGGUAAUUAUGAACCUCAGAGUUCAAUCUGGAGGACUGCCAUUUAUAUCCAUGCUCCACUUAGAUUUUUCAUUAUAUAUCUUCGAUGGAACCAUUAUAGAAAUGUGAUAUACAAUGAUUACGCUGGAGUAGUAAAUUUUGCCGUAUUAUUGAACUUUAUAGAAAAUUUGGCACUUGUAGGUUUAACACAUUGGACAUCAUCACUAAAUUAUCCUUAUCAUGAGUUAUGCUUCAAAACAUUCAUUGGUACAUCAAUAUUUUACAUGUUUUUCACAUGUAUGUUAUUCUCCAAGUGCCGUCAGAGACCAAAUACAACCAGAACUGAAUUGUACUCACUUAAAAUAAAAUGGAGAAUGUUUUUCUUAAAUGUUGGUUCAUUCACCUUUGCUGCUUUCUUCUUCUUGAGACAUAACAGUCUUUGUGAGCCUUAUGUUUACUCCAUGUUUGGAUUCUCUGAGUACAUAGUUGUAGUAAGCAACAUAAUGUACCACAUGACAACAUAUUAUGAUCUUCCCUGUCAGAGUAUAUUGUUUAGUAAAAGAGGAUUAACCAUUGACUGAACAUAUUUAAAACUUAUCAAUUAUUUAUACCUAGUUAAAUUAUGUUAUAUGUACAUAGGUACUUACAUAUAAGUAGCUAACAUUGAACAAGUUAUUAUAAGAGGAACCUGAAUAAUAAGACUUCUUAGUACAUAAAAUUCAUUCCAUAAUUAUGUAAGUAUUAUGUGAUUUAAGUGAGACUAUUUACCUGUUUUUUAUAUUUCUCUUCUAUUAAUGCUUAUAAUAAAUGCACUCAGUGCUCAAUGUUUCCGUAAAUAUUAUUAUCCAAAUGCAAAAUGUAUAGUUCAUUGCUAAAAAUUAAAUGUUGUGUCUCAAGAAUCUAAAUCCAUAUUUAUAAUUAAAUAAUGAAA